UGCGCCGCCCCCCCCCCCCCCCCCAUGAGCCCCGCCAUGAAGCCACUUCUCUACCUCUACCUCGCCAUCUUCCUCUCCGCCCCGUAUGCCUUCCCCGCCGCCGUCCAGCAGCAGACGUGCGGCAGCCCCGCCACCGUCGAGGACGCCUGCAAGGCCGUCGUCGACACCCAGCCGGCCGUCGGCUACGACUUCUGCGUCUCGUCCCUCGGCGCCGCGACGUCGCUGGUCAAGCCCACCGACCUGCACGAGCUGGCGGCCACCGCGGCGAAGCUGGCCAUCUCCCACGCGACAGCCACCGAGUCCAAGAUCGAGGAGCUGAUGGACCUGGAGAACGACGCCACCGUGAAGUCCUGCUUCAACACCUGCCUGGACGUGUACACGGACGCGGCCGACCGCUUGAGGGACGCCCUCGACAACCUCUCCGCCCGGCUCUACCAGAAGGCGAUGGCGCAGCUCGACAGCGCCAUGGACGCGGCGGACAAGUGCGAGGAGGCGUUCAAGGAAUCCAAGGGAUCGUUUCCUUUGGCGUCCAUGGACAAAGACUUCAGCAGGUUGGCGAGCAUUGCCCAUGGCAUCAUCGUCUCCAUCGAGUGAUCUUCUACUUGCAGUCAUUCACGUGUUUGAUCUGCCCCUCUUUUUCCUUUCUUUUUUCUGUUUAUUUAAGGGUGUAAGAGAGUAAGAGUUCAUGUUUUCUAGCAAUAUUGAUGCAGUUCGUUUAGCAAG